AUGUUCAUAGAAAGGAUAUCCGCUCAUUUGUUUCAUUCGUUAUUUUUUCAUACACAAACAUCAAUUUUGUCCAUAGAACCUUUAGCAACAUACAACGUAACGAAAACACAGCGCGCUUUACAAAAACAGUUACAGCAUAACCAGAGAAAACAAGUGCCUCAUGAUAGAAAUCUUUAUUGGUCGCACUUGGUGUUCAUAGAAUAG